AUGAGUCUUUGGCAACAAAAUUACUCUCGGUUUAGCACUUCGUACCUACCGGGACGGCACCACCACGACUUGGACAUACUAAACAACUCUUCGCUUAAUUUUGCUCGUCCUGAAUCUCCGCUCGCUUCUCAUACCGCUCAGACUGCUGUCGCCAGAAAAGAGCUUAGAGAACAACCAAGACUAAAAAUUGAUACCAACAUAUACAAUGCCUCGCCCUCACAAUACGUGCGUCGAUGGCACCAUAACGGAAACAAGAUUAUCAACAACAACAAGAAUAACAGCAACAACAACGGUAACAACAAGGGCAAUAACAGUAACAACAAGGGCAACAGAAAUGAUGGAAAUUCAGGAGUAAAACCAACCAGUUUUGAUAAAGACCCUUCACAAGCUGUUGGCAUACUUAAUCCUAGUGCUGUCCAUACCCCUCCCAAUUGUGAACCAAAAGCAUGGUGGCCGCAACAGCAGUCACAAGAACACAAGGUGUGCCAUUUACAAGAAGACGAUUUAACACGCGCUCAUAUCAAACGUCACAAAAUAUCCCACGCACUAUUGGAUAAAUACAAGGGAGAACAAUUGAAACCGGGUGUCCAUGCCGUGAGGUUUGCAAUUGACAUGCCGACUGACGAGUCGAUACAAUCCUCUAAUUCAUAUGCAACAUCGCCACAAGACAUCGAGUCUAAUCGUCAAAUGCAAUCGCAAGAAUUACGCAUAAACAACUCUCCGUUUAUAAGACGCGCAUCAGCGACCGAGCAAGGGUCUUAUGCCUAUUUCUCGGCUCCUGCAAAUACCAAUCCCCUCUUAUCCGUCACUUUCCAUAAUCCAGCCGAUGAUAAUAGACAUGCAUUGAGAGGUGCGCUUAAUGGCGAAGGUUUUAAUGAAAUAGGCAUGAGUAGCGAUAAACAAGCAGCUGGAAACAUGUGUUCUAGCAGCAACAUGAUGAAUGCGACUCCAUCUCUUUCCCCAUGCUCUUCCACAUCCUCUCUAAACUCUACAGGUGCUCUGACACCGGCAACCGCCAUGAUGGACAAAUCUCAUGACGCCUACUCCGAAUCCCCGUACCAAGAUUCUCUAUACUCUAGCUCACCUUCAAACAUUUCCUCUCGAUCAUCUCCAUUCCUUACGACAUCGUAUCUCCCACAGGGCUUUCAAACUAACCCGUUUACCGAAAACGCGACAAAUACAAACGCGACAAAUACAAACGCGCUAGCAUCGUCCCACUCGUCCGUCAGACCAAAAGCAAAAUCAAUCAGCGUCGAAAAUCCAUCCACGGAUCGACGCAGGGCGGUACAUCAUUCAUUCUCUUGCCCCGGCGUUACGCGCGAUUCUUAUUCGUCUGUCCCAUGGUCUCCGGCUGUCUCUUUCCUGGCCAACUUGGCCGACGCAACGGUCAAGACUCCUCUUCCUGACGACGAAGGACAACAGGUUAGAGAAUACAUUCUCGGAAAAGUCAUUGGUCGCGGAGGAUUUUCUACCGUUCGAGAGGCAUACGACGGAAUGGACAAGCUCGCCGUCAAGAUUGUGAAAAACAAUCCCGAAAAUCCAGACAACGAUCGUAUUCAAACACUCUUGGAACGCGAGGUUACAAUCUGGCGUGCGUUGGAUCAUCCGAACGUGGUGAAGAUGAUAUCCGUUGAGGAGACCGAUUACGCUACUUUUGUGUUUGCCGAAUACUGUUCGGGAGGUACUUUGUUGAACUACAUAAAGUCGUUUGACAAUAACAGGCCUGGAAUACCCGAAUCGAUGGCGCAUGAAAUAUUCAAACAAAUAGCGUCUUCUGUUCGAUAUUUGCACAAGGACAUGAGGUUGGUCCACAAGGACAUCAAACUCGACAAUAUUCUACACUACGGAGAUGGUAUAUGGAAGCUAGGCGAUUUCGGUUUGACCGAGUUUCAAAAUGCGGGUGCCAAUGGGUUUAGCAAUGUUUCAGAUGAUAAAAGCGAUCCAGCCGGUGGUUCUUUGGCCUAUUGUUCACCUGAACAAUUGAGGUCAAAGACCUCUAUUCGUGAUCCUAAAUCGGACAUCUGGAGCUUGGGUGUUGUGUUGUAUGCGAUGCUGACAGGUCAGCUUCCGUUUAAUGAUGCUUUCCAGCCGAGAUUGCAAUUCAAAAUCCUCAACGGUAGAUAUGACGAGAGUUUACUAGAUGAUGCGAACGUGUCUGAGGAUUGUAAAGAUUUGUUAAGGAGAAUGUUCAAGCCAAAGCCGGAGCAGAGAAUCGAUAUUACCGAGGUGAUGAACAGCCGUUGGUACUUACGAGCGCAUUGA